GAAGAUCGGAUCGAGGAUAGCCCACUUCGAAAAGUUUCCACCUUUGAACUCAAGUCGCUUCCUUUUUCAGCGUGGCAAUGAUUGGUUAGUUUCAGUUCAAUCAUGGGUCGUUGAUCAUCGAUUUGGGUUCAUCGACUCCCGCCUGAGGAAGAGCCUAGUUCUCUCUCAGCUGAAGCAUUUCAAGUUUAUUCAUGGCAGAUCUCAAAGAACGCCUCCUCCCCCCAAGACCUGCGUCAGCUAUUGACCUUAAAGAAGCAUCUAACCGUUCAUAUGGGCAUGGGCGUCAGCCUUUCCAAAGCAUGGAUGUUAUAGGUCUUAAGAAACGAGGUCAAGGUCUUCGGUCAUGGAUUCGUGUUGAUACCUCUGGGCAUUCUGAGAUCAUCGAGGUUGACAAGUUCACAAUGAUGCGCCGUUGUGACCUUCCAGCCCGUGAUUUGCGCCUGCUUGAUCCGUUGUUUGUUUACCCCUCUACAAUUCUCGGGAGAGAGAAGGCUAUAGUUGCUAACUUAGAGCAAAUUCGAUGUAUUAUCACAGCAGAUGAGGUUUUGCUUUUGAACUCCCUCGAUAGUUAUGUGUUGCAGUAUGUGGUGGAGCUACAGCAGCGGCUGACAACAGCUGGGGCAGGUGAGGUUUGGCAACCAGAAGGUGCAGAUUUGAGCAGUAGGAGAGGAAGUAGAAACUUUGAUGAUUUGUUUGGCAACACUUCCCCGGAUUAUUUGCCUUUCGAGUUUCGGGCCCUUGAAGUUGCUUUAGAAACUGCUUGUACUUUUCUUGAUUCUCAGGCGGCAGAACUAGAAAUUGAAGCUUAUCCAUUGCUGGAUGAACUAACUUCGAAGAUCAGUACAUUAAAUUUGGAGCGUGUUCGGCGUUUGAAAAGCAGACUUGUGGCAUUGACCAGGAGAGUUCAGAAGGUUAGGGAUGAGAUAGAACAGCUAAUGGAUGAUGACGGAGACAUGGCUGAGAUGUAUCUCACUGAGAAGAAACGGAGAGUGGAGUCAUCGUACUAUAUUGAUCAGUCUUCGAUCGGCUACAGGUCCAAUGAUGUUGCACAAUCCCUUUCUGCUCCUGUUUCUCCCAUUUCUUCACCUCGUGAUGGCCGAAAGCUUGAGAAGAGCCUAAGUAUAGCGAGGAGCCGGCAUGAGAGCAUGAGGAGUUCAGAAAGCUCUACGGAUAGAAUAGAAGAGCUGGAGAUGCUGUUGGAAGCUUAUUUUGUUGUCAUUGACAACACUUUAAAUAAGUUGACUUCGCUGAAGGAGUACAUUGAUGACACAGAAGAUUUCAUUAACAUUCAGCUGACCUUGUGUGCAGGACAAUGUCGAAACCAGCUGAUACAAUUUGAGCUGCUGCUGACAACUGCGACUUUCGUUGUUGCUAUCUUCGGUGUGGUGGCGGGAAUUUUUGGGAUGAACUUCGACAUCUCAUUAUUCGACAAUGCCGAUGCAUUUCAGUGGGUCCUCAUCAUAACAGGAGGAUGCCUUUUAGUCAUUUUCAGUGCAUUGGUGUGUUUCUACAGGUACAGGCGACUCAUGCCUCUGUAAUGUGUCGGGAAUAUCUAGAUCCUUGGCGGAUGGAAUUCAUCAAUUGCUAUUCUUUCGUAUAGCUGCGCAUUCCAGCCCUGUAGGUAUGGCAUGGAGGCAGAAGAAAAAUGAGGAAAAAAUGGGUUCUCAUCGUCAGUUCUUUCGAUGUGAGCUCAUACCAAAACUGCACAAAAAAGAAUGAACCUCAAAAGUACUUUGUGUUAAAUGUAAUGUCAAUGAGGAGGCUAAGAAUGCGCGACUGUGGUCUUAAAGUUUUCAGUUCAUACAGUCUCCAGCCGGUUAAGAUCCGUUUGAUCCGGGACUGCUGCUGUCGUGUUGGGCUCGAUAGGUUCAACCGUGGUAUUUGAAAGGGCGAUAAAAUGUUAGGAGUAUCCUUUGGCAAGAGUAAUUGGUUGUGCUUUCAAGGGACGAUGGUCCAGCUACCUAAUCAACCAGUACAAAUAAUUUGAAGCUCUGAUUUGGUGGGUCUACUGGGUAAGUUUUGAAGAGCCCGUUAGGUGACCGUUGCCACCUUUGUGUGAGCUACUGCCUGCAAUGUCUGCAGUAUCUAUGUUUUUACCUUUACUUCGCAGUUGCCCUACUUAUGAUGCUGUAUACUUUAAUCGAUUCUGAUAGAUUAGGUAUAGACAUGCCCUCAUGGAGGGGGGCCUUGUUUGGACCGCCGCCCGAUGUCCAUUUAUUUAAUGAGAAACCAGAGUG